AUGCCUCUUGGUAGUUUUAUAGCCUAUCCUCAGCUCAGGAGUCUUUCUGCUCAGUACUUUCCAAAUCCAAAAGAAAAUGACAGGAAAAGAAUUCCGUGCCCUCUUGAUCCGAAACAUACCGUGUAUGAAGACCAACUACAAAAACAUUUAAAAAAAUGUAAUUCCAGAGAGAAGCCAAAGCCGGUCUACUUUGUUCAAGAUAUUAAUGCAGGUGUAAAAGAAGUAGCAGAAAUACCAGAAAAUCAAGUAACUCUCUCUUCCCUAUCCAAAGAAGAGCUUGAGAACUUAAUUAUCAAGUUGAAAAAAGCAAGUAAUGGUCUGGAACUUGACCUUAAAGAACAAGUACUCUCUCACCAGGCUUUACAGGAAGCCUUAAAUGACCCAAAGAACGGGGACUCUGCUUUCAAACACUUGAAACAACAGGCUUCUAUUUUAGGUAACAUGGAAAAAUUACAUUUGCUUGGUCCAGGAAGAUGUUUUGUUGAGUUUGGAGCUGGGCGAGGAAAGCUAUCUCACUGGGUUGAUAUUGCCUUACAAGAUACUGAAAAUAUUCAAUUUUUGCUUGUAGAAAGGGCAACUACAAGAUUCAAGGUGGAUGGAAAACAUAAAAAGACAGAUUCUAUAUUUGAAAGGCUUCAAGUUGAUAUUCAGCAUUUAUGUUUAAAUAAGGUACCUAUUUUAGAGAAGAAAAAACUACCAGUGGUAGGAAUUGGGAAACAUUUGUGUGGUGCUGCCACAGAUCUUGCUUUGAGAUGUUUGGUAGAAAGUUAUGCAACUUGCUGUAAUGAAGAAGAUGAAGAGCCUGCACCAAAGCGUACUAAGAAUAAUGCAGAAGGAGCUUCUGACAGUUCAAAUGAUGACAACAAUGAAAGGAACAAAGAAGACUUUAAGCCUGUAGCUGGAAUUGUUAUUGCGCUGUGUUGCCAUCACAAGUGUGACUGGACACAUUAUGUAGGCAGAGAGUUCUUUAGAUCAGUAGGACUUGGACCAGUAGAAUUUCAUUAUUUUCAAAGGAUGAGUAGCUGGGCCACUUGUGGCAUGAAAGGAACCAUAACCAAAGCCUCUACAAAUGAAGAAAGUGAAGAUCACACUAACAACACAGAAGAGCAUGACCAAACAUACAGUAAAACAGAGACUGGUUCUGACGCUCUACAAGGGCUCCUUACUGUUGAAGAGAGAAAGCAGAUAGGUUCCCUCUGUAAACUUGUGAUUGAUCACGGACGGAUCAGAUAUUUACAACAUCGAGGAUACGAGGCUGCACUACAGUAUUAUACAGAUUCCUCUGUGUCCUUGGAGAAUGUCCUGUUGACAGCUGUCCCAGAGACAACUACAUGACAAGAUACAGAUUUGGAACUGGCAGAAAAACUACAAAAUCUAUCUGGAUUGUAUAAAAAGCAGAUUCAGUGCUUACAGAAAACCUGUUCUAGUCUUUCUUAUCCGAAAAAAAAGUUUUAUAUUUCCCAGUUUGACUGGAAAUUAAAAAUAUGCAAAGCAGUUCUCAUUACUAGAAAAAUGAAAUCCCUAAGAAUACUUGAAACUAAUUGCAAGCUGUAUUGUUAGGAAGAAGCAUCUUUUGAUAGUUUCUACUUACAGUUAAGUUCCUUCAUCAUUAGCAGUUAUGAUAGGAGAAGCAUCAGAAGUGCAGCUUUCCACAUUUCCUGAAAGACAGUGGGUUAAAAUAAGAGAAAUUAACAUAAUUUGUUUCCAGUUAGAUAUUCAGGAUAGUUUUGUAUUUCCUCCUAAAUUAUUUAAGUAUUCUUAGGUACUUAUUUCAUCAGCUCUAGGAGCAUUCAUUAAAAAAUAAAACUUAUUUUUAAACCA